GCAGAACCGAAGAUCCCAAAACGACCGCAGGACUAAAUACGGUGUUUUAAGAAGAUCUAAAGUCCGUUAAGGCUUAGACUCACUAAAGUAGUCUGUCCAGCCCGAACACCGCAUCUUAACCCGAGCAGUCCAUGAAAAAAUGACCUCGUGUAAAAAUGCUGAUUUAUUUAAUUUAUUUUAUUACGUAAAGUGUCCCGGUUUGUGAUCUGCAUUAACCUAAAGAGGGCGGGACUGGGCUUUAACGGGAAGCGCGUGACGAGAGCAGCGGACGGAAGUGCGCUCUAUAGAGGAAAACGGGAGGCAGACACGGUCGGACACGGUGAGGGAGACGUUAACCGUGAUUCACGCAGAGCGGGUCGAAUAUCGGUUUAAGCGAAAGGUUUCGGGGUGUGGAGGAGGUGAUCGACCCGCUUCGUCGUUCCGGGGCCGGACGGGAGUGCACGGCGGGAGCAGCCGAUAGCAUCCAGCAGCAUCCUCGGAGCCUUUAGCAGAGGAUGAGUGAAGAGGAGAACCCUGCCGCUGAGCCUUUACCAGUGCAGGACGUCCAGGGUGAUGGGCGCUGGAUGUCACAGCAUAAUCGCUUCGUUCAGGAGUGUAAGGAUGCAGAACCUGACGUCUUGUUUGUAGGUGACUCCAUGGUGCAGCUGAUGCAGCAGUAUGAGGUGUGGCGGGAGCUGUUUUCACCUCUUCAUGCGCUGAACUUCGGUAUUGGAGGAGACACCACGUGUAACGUUCUGUGGAGACUGCAGAACGGAGAACUGGAGAACAUCAGGCCACGUGUGGUGGUGCUGUGGGUUGGAACCAAUAAUCAUGAGCACACAGCGGAGCAGGUUGCAGGGGGAAUCGUGGCCAUCGUCCAGCUGCUCCACUCACGCCUGCCCAAGGCCAAAAUCGUCGUUCUGGGCCUCCUGCCGAGGGGGGAGUUCCCGAACCCUCUGAGGGAGAAAAAUUCGGCGGUGAAUAAUUAUCUUCGGGCUUCUCUCCCUCGUCUGGGACCCGUGCAGUUCCUGGACGUGGGCGGCGGCUUCGUGCACUCGGACGGCACCGUUUCCUGUCGGGAUAUGUUUGACUUCCUGCACCUGACGGCCAGCGGUUACAGCGUCAUAGCCACUCCCCUCCAUGAGCUGCUUCUUCAGCUAUUGGAGGAAACGCCCCAGGAGAGGCGGGCUUCCCUCGUCUGAAAGGAAUCGAUUGGAUGAGGCAUCUUACUUUGGAGGGGCGGAGCAAAAAAAAGAGUCACUUUCUUAAGGGGAAACUACCAUAAUAACAUCACAUACUGUAUGAGUAGUGCACUGAGAGAGAGAGAGAGAGAGAGAGAGAGAGAGAGAUCAGUUAGAUCUAUACAUGAUUAAAAAAGAGAGAGAAAUUAAUAAAUUAUGAACCCAAAUGAAGAAUCUGAUGGUUUUGAGUGGCGUUUCAGGAGGUUUUGAUUUGAACUUCAAAGUGUUCACACUGCCCAUCAAAAAGUUUGGGGACACUUUCAUUUUCAACGUUUUUAAUGUAAACGAGUGCGUUUUCUUCGUAGGUUUGUAAUAACAGCAUAUUACAGCCUAAGCACUGUGGCGUAACAGCUGGGGGGCAGGCGAAGGGGGCAGUCGCACCUGGACCCAUCGCAAAGGGGGGCCUUUUAGGCACCUUAUAUGGAUUCAGACACAAUUGUAGACCCACAACUCACAGAAAGAACCAACAACUCACAGAAAGAACCUUUUGCAAACUGACAAAGAAAACAUGCCUAUUUGUAUGGAGUCCUGCUGGUGACAUCCCGUAUAAAUCAAAUAAAUCUGUGGCCACAACUUAGUAAGGCGUGGGGACAAGAUCCUAAUGUAUGGGCACAACUUAAUGAGGCGUGGGAAUGAGAUGAUUAAGCCUUGACCACAGCUUAAUAAAGCAUGAUGUUGUUCCCAUGCCUUACUAAGGUGUGGACCCGCCUUAAUUAAGGCGUGGACGGCAUUAUUUUUAUUUAUACCGGACGUCACCAGCAGAGCCGUAUAUUUGUAUUUUGGUCAUAAACACUCACAUUCAGAACACUGAGAAAGAGGGAUUCAUUGGUGCCAGAUGUAUAUGUGUAUUUGUGAGGACCUGAGUGUGUAAAAGUCCUCACAAAGAUGGUCCUCAGAAAAAUGUGAAGAAAAAAAAAUGUGAAUUCCUUUUUGCUGAUUCUCACUAAUUUGUGUGCAUUUAUAUAUAUUUAUGUAUUUGCUUUUCGACCCUUAAGUUGAUCUCUGGGGUCUGUUUAUUCCUGUUAAACGCUUUAAUUUAUUAAUUAAGUCCUCAAAAGUACAGUGCAGCACUGAACAGCCUCCGUUACUGAUUACUGUGACACUAACACACACAUUAGCUGACUGAGGCUUGAACGUAGCACUGAUACUGCCAGCUUCUCUGUGCCUUCACUCACAAAGAGAUUGUUGAUAUUCGCACACUUACACUUUUCCAAGAAGAUCUGUAGAUCUAAUCUGAUGGGUUUGGUAGUUUUCAGUGUUGGAAGACGCUGAAAUAGAAUAACUGUCUCUAGUAAUGUAUCUUUAGUGUUUCUCUCUGACCUACACUUGUUUAUUCUCUCUCUCUCCAAACAAUAGUUACAGUCUCUCUGAUGCUCUCUCGCUCUCUCUCCCCAUCACUCACCAUUUUUAUUGUUUACUGUGUACAGUGGUUUCUCUGUUCCAGCUGACCUUUGAUCUGUGUUUGAAACUGCUUAGCACUGGGACGCACCACAUCAUCAGCUAAGGUCACACUGUGUGCGUGUGAGAGACCAUCUAAUGUAAGACCAUGCUGUCUUAAAACUGUGUAUUCAUAUUAUGAAGAGUGGGUGUAAAAAAACCCUGUUUACACCUGGUCGUUUCACGUGAAAUGGAAAACGGAAAAAUCCAUCCGAAUAACAGAAACGUACCGCUUUAAAUCCGGGCACUUCUGUGGAGAAAGAAAUGUUUAUCAAGCCAAGUAUGAGCUUUUCACUGCCGGGCUCAACGGGGGGCUCCUUGUGCACAGUUUGCGAGACUUUUCCAGGCGACAGUAUCGGUUUUAACUCCAAAUACGUUUCCUGCUUAUCUGGAUUGCUAGCUAGCUAGCUUAGGUUUAGUACGAUGUCUGAUGUAAAGCACUUUUUAAAGGCUUAAAAACCUUCAUUACUCCACCACUGACAUGGUUUUUAAGACGAUGUUUUCUGCACACUAUACGGUACGUUGGACCUGCUCUGAGUGGUCUUUUCUAUGAUAAAAAAGGGCGAAUUAGCCACAUAAAAGAAAUUGUAAAGAAAAUAAAAAUGACUUAUAAACAAUAUAAAUAAUAUAUGAUAUGUAAGUAAUAAAGGUGACUUAGAAAGCUGUGUCAGUAAGAUGGAAUCUGCAACUGAAGCCAUCACAGCAACAUAAAGCACACAAGCAGCCGGGCUUCAGCCUGAUUAUUAACACCCUGUCGCCACCUACUGGCUGUAUUUUGAACCGCAGUAGCAAGCAGACUUAAAAUGAUGGUUAAUCCACUGACGAUCGUUUGCAGUCUGUAAAAUGCAGUUUGGUUUAGCUCUACUAUCCAUAUAAAAUCCCGAUAUUCGAAACGCAUGAAACGUCGAGGUGUAAACGGGUCUGUGAGUGUGAGUCCGUGUGUGUAGGCGUGUCUGAACAUGCCUAAGUGUGUGUGUGGAAACUCCAUGUCUGUAUAUAUUAAUAGUCUGUGUAAAAGCUUGUGUAGCUGGUGACGUGAUAAAUGAAACUGCUUGUGUUUGGGUUUUAGUUUGUGCGGCUGGGCGUAUGUAUGUGUUCACUUUAGCCACUGAGCUUGCACUGUUUAGUUUAGCUGCACUGCCACACAGUGAAGAGACAUUCCAUUAAAGAUGCAGGGAUGUUACCUCAA